CAUAAUUAGGGUUGCCGCCUGCUGGUGAUCUAGAAUUUCCCCGAAUGGGGAAUUAGUGGGCCGCCAAUGGUAAAUUCUAGAACAAAGCCAAAGCCACACCGACCUUUCCUCAGGAGCAACUUAUUUAUUUUUUUUUCGUGCGAAAUGCCUGUUUACCCCUAUUCCGGUUCAUCUCAAAGACUGGGAUAGAGACUCAUGCUCAUCAUGCGCGGAGUUUAGACAAAGAGCAGAAGAACAAAGCAGGGGAUACGCCAUCGAUUGCUGAGACAUCAACAAGGGGAAACAGCCGAUCAACUUCGAAUAGACGACGGGACUGUUUAUUGGCAUUGUGCCAGCAAGAAAUGAUUUCUGAAUAUGUCGGCGAGAUCGAAGAACUUCCGCCUGACUCGCGAAUGAGGUCGGGACAGCGAUACCGCAAGUAUCUCUACCAUACAGCUCGAGCGGCAAUAUGGACUGCUAAUGUCUAUUAUCUUGUCCGCUUACUUACAAUUUUGCUGGAGCCUCAGAAAUCCUGGCAAAUGUGGUUAAUGUUGGCUGUGGAAGCUAUAUUUGGUCGCUUGUCUUAUCAAGAUCAGCGCCUCACCGUUGCGGCCGGUGGGGAACCUGAACGCGGCCCGCGAAAAAGGCUACGGCUCCGGGGUAGCCAAAAUCUGCCACGAGUCGAUGUCUUGAUCCCCUGCUGCGGUGAGCCAGUUAGUGUGAUCUUGGCCACCGUUCGCGCUGCCUGCACUAUGGACUACCCAGAGUCUCAGCUAACGAUACGUGUCCUUGACGAUGGCGCUUCAACCGAGCUGCGUGAUGCCAUCUCAGAGUUGCACACUAAGUGGCCUUACCUCUUCUAUCACACACGCGGCAGGCAGUCAGGCCGAGUAUUUGCCAAAGCCGGAAACCUGAACUAUGCACUAUUCACUGUUCAGAAGGAUACUCCACCGGAGUUCUGUGCUAUUCUGGAUGCGGAUUCUAUCCCAAAGCCAGAGCUUCUCAGAGCAACACUUCCCCACUUGCUUCUAAGCCCCCAGGCAGCGUUGGUCACUACCCGGCAAUAUUUUGACAAUCUUCCUGCUGGUGACCCUCUCUCGCAAUCUCGCCUUCAUUUUUACACCUGCCAGAACGCCGAACUAGACCGCUGUGGGCGUGCUAUUGAUGCAGGGUCCGGAGCGGUGUUCCGGCGCAACGCAAUCAUUGAUAUUGGUGGAUAUCCCACUUUUUCAUUUUCGGAAGAUUGGCAGCUUUCCCUGAUCUUACGGGGCAUGGGUUACCGUACUGUCCAGGUACAAGAGCCACUGCAAUUCGGGCUUGUUCCCACAUCCCUCGAAGGGCACAUUGCUCAGAGAAACCGAUGGCACAUUGGGCAUUCCCAGCAGCUGUUUGCAUUACGGCCACCGACUAACAGUUCCAUGCCACGGAACCUUCAGUGGAGCAUUGCAUGCGGUGGUUUGGCCAUCACUCUAGGCUUGCUAGGCCACAUCAUCGGAUUUGGUGCUGUUCCUUGGCUUUUAAUGUCCCGGUCACUCAUCCCCGCCUCUUCUUUAUUCCUGAUUAAGACUCAGGUGAUCCUGGGCUUGCUUCAUGUCUCUACAAUGUGGGCGUACGGCUGGCUCCAGACUGCCCAUGCGGGAAUCCGAGGUUCCCCAUUUUCGCAGCUGGAAAAUAGUUGGCUAGCUGGCGGUAAGAAAGUCCCAUUUUACCCACUUGUUUCUGCGAUUGAUAUAUGUAUGAUAACCACACGACUAACCCGACUGAUUGCCUCGCUCUGUAGCACAUCUAUCUGCUGUCAUACGAUUUCAUUUCAUUUCGAGCGCUCCCAAAGGAUCAUUUGUCACCGGAAGCAAAGAAAACUCCUGGAAUCGCAUCACGAAGUCUUCAUUUUACAAAAUGCUAUACCAGGAUCUGUGGCAAAACGGCAUUUUGCAAAGCAUCUGCCUGCUUGUCGCUACAAUUGCUGCGAUGUUAUUGUCAACAUGGACGACACUGACCACUAUCGACAGUGAGCUAUUGACCACGCGUUUACUUACCACCGUUGCCUGGCCGCCACUGUUGCACAUUUGCUAUCUGACCAUUACUAACCAUUGGGUGCCGGUUGCGUACCUGUUCAGCCCUCCCGUUUAUCCAGCGCGGGCAUCUUAGAUGACCGUACUGGUUAGCAAAGAAUGGUUCUAAAUGUAGACUCGAUGUUGUCCAAUAACGCCCACUGUGGUGCUUAUUCUUGUUUUGCCUGGCACUGCCGGACUUCAGGGCGUUGCUAACCCUCGCACUAUUGCUAUAAUAGUAGCCUUAAGGAGGGCUCUUUCCAAUGCGGAAUGUUGUGAUGUUACCCGAGGUUGAUCGUUUCACUGACAUUGCUACUUGGUGCUAAUCAGAAAGGCAGUAUAAGCGUAGUGCAUGUCUAAUAUGUCUCUGAAUUUAUGUUGUCUGCUCUAUCUAUCUAUUAUCUGUUUGUUAAUCUCGCUGUCCUGAUUUUCACAAUCUCUAACCCCCAGCUACCUGACUUGCUAUAGACCAGAGUGCUUACCUAGAUAGCGAAUUUAUGCAAUAGCUGUUCA